AUGGACUUCCUCGAAGAGUCGUCGUCCGACAUCAUCCUCCGAACGUCAUAUCCGGAGCCGACAGAAUUCCCCGCGCACCGCUGCAUCCUCUCCAUCGCGUCUGGCUUCUGGCACGACAUGUUCUCCCUCCCACAGAGCUCCACAGAAGCAAACACCCCAAGACCCAUCAUCGAUCUCUCAGAAAGCACUCAGACGGUCGAGCGCCUCCUCCGACUGAUAUACCCCGUCCUGGACCCGCCCAUCGACAGCCUCGACGCGAUCGUGCCGGUGCUCGAAGCCGCGGUCAAGUACGACAUCCCGCUUGUGAUCGAGAAGAUGCGCAAGCUGCUGGUCACCCCCGCGCAGGUCGAGAGCGCGCCGCUUCGGGUGUUCGCCAUCGCGGAGCGUUUCGGGCUCGAAGAGGAGGCGAAGAUCGCGUCCCGGCACACGCUCUCCGUCAACCUGCUCGACUCUCCCCUCUCCGAGGACCUGAAGCACGUCACGGCCUACAGCUACCACCAGCUGCUCGUCCUCCACCGCGAGCGCGCGCAGGCGGCGCAGCUCCUGCUCGACCGCCACGUGCCUGGCGGCGACCACUGCGAGAAGUGCGGGCACGAGAAGCGGUGGUGGGUCGAUUAUAAGAAGCGGGCGAAGGAGGAGCUCGCGGUGCGCCCGACGGGCAACGUCGUGUUCGAGAUCAAGUGGACGAGCAAGAGCGUCGCGGCGUGCGUCGGCUGCGCGGGCAAUAUAUUGAGGGCGAUGCCGUGGUUGGACAUGAUGAAGCAGAAGGUCGAUAUGCUACGAUCGACCAUCUGAUCUCCCGUCGGAUGGGAUGCCCAACGGAGGGGGUUCUGUGGGGUGCGGCGUUGCGGAGGCUAACGCCGCCCUCUGCCGACCCCGUGGUUUGGGCGAGGCGCUCGAGCCUCGAGGCUCUUUAUACCAUGCCAGAGAUGAAGCCUGAAAUGCCCGCGGUUCAUCGUCAUCAACAGCGUCCUAUUAUAAAAGCUAUCUCUCGUCGUCGAUGCUAUCGCUGUUACAGCUUAAUGUUCGUGAGACGCC